GGCGGACAAGCCCGUUCGGCUGCCACCAGCGCAGGAGAAGGAGCCCAAGAAGAUACAGAUCAAGCUGCAAGUGGGUACAGCCCAAGCAGCUCAAGCCCGGCAAGCAGCGCAGGCUGCACAAGAGCGGCAAGCGGAGCAAGAAAGGCUAGCUGCAGAGCAAAGGAAAGCGGAGCAAGAACGCUUGGCUGCCAAACAGCGUCAGGCGGAACAAGAACGACUCGCCGCUGAGCAACGCAAAGCGGAGGAGGAACGACUCGCUGCACUGCGUCAGGCGGAAGAGCUGGCUGCACAACAGCGGAAGGCUGAGGAGGAACGUCUGGCAGAACAGAAGGCAGGGUAA